CGCGCUUUGUUCCGGACGCCGCGAGUGCUUAUGAUUUCACGCAUUUUUGCUGAACUUGUAUAAGAGGCACUUGGAUGAUGGAUUAACCAGAACAUUGAAAUCCUGUGCACAGUUUCAAAUUGGAGCAUAUUGGAUUUUCACCCUAGUUCAGCAGCUCUGCUGCUCACUUAAAUACAGAUGAAUGAAGACCCCAUUCGGGAAGACACCUGGCCAGCGGUCCAGAGCUGAUGCAGGCCAUGCUGGUGUAUCUGCAAGCAUGAUGAAGAAAAGGACAUCCCACAAAAAACACCGGAGCAGUGUGGGGCCAAGCAAGCCCGUGUCCCAGCCUCGGCGGAACAUCGUAGGCUGCAGGAUUCAGCAUGGGUGGAAGGAGGGGAGUGGCCCUGUCACCCAGUGGAAAGGAACCGUUCUGGACCAGGUGCCUGUAAACCCUUCUUUGUAUCUUAUAAAAUACGAUGGAUUUGACUGUGUUUAUGGACUAGAACUUAAUAAAGAUGAAAGAGUUUCUGCGCUCGAAGUCCUCCCUGAUAGAGUUGCAACAUCCCGAAUCAGUGAUGCACACCUAGCCGACACAAUGAUUGGUAAAGCGGUAGAGCACAUGUUUGAGACCGAGGAUGGCUCUAAAGAUGAAUGGAGGGGAAUGGUCUUAGCACGAGCCCCUAUAAUGAACACAUGGUUUUACAUCACCUAUGAGAAGGACCCCGUCUUGUACAUGUACCAGCUCUUAGAUGAUUAUAAAGAAGGUGACCUUCGUAUUAUGCCUGAUUCUAAUGAUUCACCUCCAGCAGAAAGGGAACCUGGAGAAGUUGUGGACAGCCUGGUAGGCAAACAAGUGGAAUAUGCCAAAGAAGAUGGCUCUAAAAGGACUGGCAUGGUCAUUCACCAAGUAGAAGCCAAACCAUCUGUCUAUUUCAUCAAGUUUGGAGAUUUCCAUAUUUAUGUCUACGAUUUGGUGAAAACAUCCUAGAUGUCAUCACGAACUUUGCCAAAUUUAUGGAACUAUUAAAUGUAUAAUUUGUAGACAUAAAGACUUGAUUGCUUUCCAGUUUAAUGAAAGCUUAAAUGUCCUGCGAACCCACAAUCUCUGCCAGCAGAACUGGUUUGUUAUGAAUAUUACAGAUUUAUGUGAACACAAAGCAUUUUGUGUAAGGAACUCCUUCCUCUUAAAAAAGAAGUCUGCCUGUUUGGAGGGGGAGUUACAGGCAAGUUUGGUAAAAGUUUAAGCUAGUAUCAUAGUCAAUUAAAACUGUAAUAGAUCUUGUUUCAUUUUCCCCUUCACCCUUAAUAUUUCUUAUCCUAUUCUGCUGCCACAAUGCAAGCAUAGUUUGGUAUUUUUGUUACUGCCUUUUUGAGAUAUAUAUGUAUCUGUAUCUACCUAUCUAUCUCUGUGUGUAUACAUGUAUAUUAUACACACAGAUCUCUGCGCACAUGUGUGCACAUGUGCACACACACUUUAUUGGCAGUCCUUUCUUUGUGGAUUGGGUUGUGGGUUAAAUAAUUUUCUCUAAUUUAACAGUAGUACUUGACCCAAGUCAGUCAUAUUUAAUAAAUUACUGCCUUUUACUGAAAAUUAAAUCUGGGCACAAGAAACAUGUAGGGAUGUUCAGCUUGUUUGAAAAUCAGAAGUUCAGAGCACCUACUAAAUUUGGAGGUUUUAAACCAUAGGUCCAAAUAUGAAUUCCUUCUUGACAGUUAAUGACCCACAUUAGAAUUUGAUAAAACAGAAAUCUGGAUGAAAGCCUGCCAUUAAGUCUAAGCUUUGUAAAUUUUUUUUGUUUACAUUUUUAAUCAAAUACUUUUUUUUUUUUAAGCAAAGCCCAGGUGCUUGGUCCACACAGUGUAAUGCCAGUGUAUUUUGGGCGCACAUUGGGUCCAUUAUUUGUACAAAUCAGUAAUCUGGAUUUUGGUACACAGAUUUAAAACCAACAGUACAUCAGUCAUUUGUGUGUAUGUGGUAAGUUCCUGGAAGAACAUAGUACUUUUUAUUAAUGUAAGUUGGAAAAUGACAUGACAGCAUUGCCCUCUAACAAGUUCUCUAGGAAACUUGUAACAGUAAUAAUUACUGUUAUUACUAAUAUAUGAUUAUGGUCCAAAGGCUUUUUUCCACUGGCUUUCCCCACAAAGAAUAUCUAGCAAAUACUAGCUAAAAUCCCCUGACACUAUAUGUCCUUGCUCACUGUGUGCCGCUGCUGGGGACUCUCUCACACCAGGGUCAGUUGGCCAUACUCAUUUGUAGGUGUGACUGAUAGCAGCCUUUAUUAGCCACAGACUCUUUCCAUGGCUUAUUCCUUCAAGGUUGUUUUAACCAAAAAAGUAGUUGGUUUAACAGCAAGACACCCACCUGUCACUUUGUUUUAGAUAAGCCCUCAUGGUUUGAAAGCUAAGAGGCCUUAUGUGACACCAGUCUAUUGGGGAGGUUGGAAAUCUUAACUGAGAUUUGGGCAGAAGACUAACCGAUCACGCUAUCAGUCAAACAUUAGAGGUCCAUGCAGCCUCCUUCAUGGCUGUCCUUGAUGUUAGGGAUUUUGUAGUUCCAAGGUCUGAUGUGUGGUUCGCAUGAUGCCCACUUCAUCUUCAGGAAUGAUGUAUCUAGUUCUGUUGGAUGGUCACCUCACGUACCAUGUACACACCCCACAUUUUCUGCAGCAUGUCCAGUGCCUCAGCAGCCAGGGGCAAGCUUCUCACAGUGAGUACCCAGGUCUUAGACACCCCUCCCUUGUUUGAACCAGUGUCAUGCUGCAUAUGUGUCAGCUGUUUUCCUGAUGGUUCUUGUAGUAGGAGUGCCUGCAUUUGAAUCUCAAGGCUAAGCCCAAUCCCCCAAGCCCAAGUGAACAUGUGUGGCCUAGUGUGUCCAGCACGUGCACUACACAAACAUAGCACAGUGACUUUGGGCUGGAAAGCAAAGUUCUUUGGAAGUAUCCUGCAGGUUGGGUCAGUUGAAACAUUUCUAGCAUUACUUAAUGGCUUGUAUUGUGGUUUUUCUGCAAGUACCUUUAGCAACUUCAGUACCACAUGAUCUGCCACUCUCUAGAUGAAUGUGACAAGUGAUUAUUGUUAUUAUUUUAAUUAUUGUUUCUGGGGGGAUUUUGUUUGUUUGAAUUGUUUGUUUUUGCCUUUAGGGCUGAAGGAGGGGAAAGGGGUUUUUGUUUGUUUUUCCAUUUUUUUCUUUUUUUCUUUUUUGGUGGCUUAAACCACACUUAGUGAUGCUGUGACUAAUCUCCCUAGCCGAGUAUUUCAGGCUUCGUUUUAGGCUCAUGUUUCAGAUCUGCAUGCAUUGCUUGCAUUUUCCUGGUAUCUGGAUGUUGGUUCCUUUCCUAGGAAUCCAACAUUAAUUUCCAAAAUCAUCAUGGGACUUGUGACAAUACGAGACAUGAAUCUCUGUAUAAAAUGUAUUGGCCUUCCUCAUUGACCUGCUAUAGUAUUACUGUGUCCUGUGUGCGUGUGUGUGAUGUCUGGCUGCCACGGAAAGCUUCAAAGGAAAACUUUAAAAGCAGACCAUCCUUUUUUGCAUGCUCUAUUCUAAGUAGAAUGUUCAAUGUAACUAACGAAAAAUGCAUGUUGAAGAUAUUUAGGUUUUUGUUUUCUAUCCUUGUUUUUACUUGUUUUCAGUUUUCUGUAUAUUUGCUUACUGUGCUGUCUUAGUGGUUGUAGGAUAAAAUGCACUGGUGAAGCAAACGUAGUGCCAACAGAAGGUGACUUUCCACUUGUAUGUGUCAUGCAGCAUUUGAAGGGACUGUGCAUCUUAAAACAAUCACAGUUAUCGGUAAACCAGAUUUCAUUUCUAUUAUUGUUUUAUGUGCCAAACCCCGAAGUGCAUUCGGCUUGAAUCUCUGAACGUUGUGGACCCAUUAGAAAACUAUUCCGAUUGUCACAAAUUGUAGUGCCUGAAAACAUUCUUAAGCUGAUUGUCUUAAAAAAAAAAAUGAAACUUUUCCAAAGACAAAACAGGAACAAAUAAUUAUGGUCAAAAUGUCUGUGGUUCCUUGGAAAUGCUGCGCUUUUUGUAUUUUCCAUCAUUGUAGUGCAGUUUGAACGAAUGUGUAUAGUUCAGAGGUCUUCGUGUUCGCAUCUUAAAAUUAGGUAAUGACCUCAUCUUUCAAGCUUGAAUUCAUUUUUAAUUUUAUUUUUAUUUUAUACAAUGUGUAGACAGUUCCCUGUUCUCUGCAUUUAGAAGUAUAAACAAUAUAAAUCUGUUAAUUCUGUAAGUAAUUUUUAUAAUUAUGAUGUAACUCUAUCUUAUCCUUAAAACAUUUAAAAUAAACCCUUUAUGUGCAA